AUGGCAUCUUCUAUGAACUUCACCGACAAGACUCAGGAGUCGCUUGCCGCCGCAAUCCAGCUCUGCAAGGACUAUGCCAAUGCACAGGGUAUUCCACCCGCACAUAUGGCCUUCGUCUUCCUCAACGAGGGUCAGGGCGACGCGAACGCGACUUCCGGUUCACAUUCUCUUUUCGCAUCGGUCAUUGAGAAGGCCGGUGGCGAUGUCACCACUGUUCGGAGGGGUGUCCAAAAGCUCAUCGUCCGGCUUCCCACUCAAUCACCCCCGCCCGACGAGAUCUCGCUCAGUUCGGCGGCUAUGAAGGUCCUCCGUGAAGCCGACAAACUCCGCAAGACGAUGCACGAUUCCUAUAUCGCCCAGGACCACGUUCUCGCCGGGCUCAUCAAGGACCCCUCGAUUGCUCCCGUCCUCAAGGAAGCGGGGAUGACCGAGAAAGUCCUCAAGACCGCCCUCGAACAGAUCCGUGGAAACCGUCGCGUCGACAGCAAGAACGCAGAGCAGGGCUUCGAUGCCUUGAACAAGUACGCCACCGACCUCACCGCCCUCGCUGAGGAGGGCAAGCUCGACCCCGUGAUCGGCCGUGACAACGAAAUCCGCCGCGUUGUUCGCAUCCUUUGCAGAAGGACAAAGAACAACCCUGUGCUUGUUGGCGAGCCCGGUGUCGGCAAGUCCGCUAUCGCCGAGGGUCUCGCUCAACGCAUUGUCAACCGCGACGUUCCCGCAUCCCUUAUCUGCCGUCUCUACUCCCUCGACAUGGGUGCGCUGAUGGCUGGCGCCAAGUACAAAGGCGAGUACGAGGAGCGCAUCAAGUCCGUCCUGGACGAAGUCGACAAGGCCUCCCAGGACGGCACCGGCGUCAUCCUCUUUAUCGACGAGCUCCACCUCAUCAUGGCCGGCCAAGGCUCAGAGGGCGGAGGCAUGGACGCCGCCAACCUGUUCAAACCUCUGCUCGCCCGUGGCAAGCUCCGGUGCAUCGGCGCCACUACCCUCUCCGAAUAUCGCAAGUACAUCGAGAAGGACCCGGCGCUCGAGCGUCGGUUCGCCCAGGUCCUCGUGAACGAACCCACCGUUUCGGAGACCAUCUCCAUCCUGCGCGGCAUUCGUGAGAAGUACGAGGUUCAUCACGGUGUCCGCAUCCUCGACGGCUCCCUCAUCUCAGCCGCGACCCUCGCCCACCGGUACCUCACGUCCAGGAGGUUGCCCGACUCCGCUAUCGACUUGGUCGAUGAAGCCUGUGCUAGCGUACGCGUAACCCGGGAGACUGCUCCCGAAGAGAUCGAUCAGCUCCAGCGUCGCAAGCUCGAACUCGAGGUCGAGAUCCACGCCCUCGAGCGCGAGAAGGACGACGCCUCCAAGGAGCGUCUCGUGGUCGCCCGCAAGGCCAUCGCCGACGUCGAGGACAUGCUCACCCCUCUCCAAGCCGCGUACGAAGCCGAGAAGCAGCGCAGCGACGAGAUCAAUAUCGUCCGCCGGCGCAUCGACGAAGUGAAGGCCAAAGCUGACGAGGCCGAGCGCCGCUACGAUCUCGCGACCGCCUCCGAUCUCCGUUACUACGCCCUCCCCGACCUCCAGAACAGGCUCACCCACCUCGAGGCGAAGAAGUCCGAGGAGGAUGCCCGCCGCGGCGCAGGUACGGAUACCGUCACUCCCGACCAAAUAGCGGAGAUCGUUGCAAGGUGGACCAACAUCCCGGUGACCCGCUUGAUGAGCACGGAGAAGGAGAAGCUCUUGGGCAUGGAGAAGAUCCUCGCGGAGAACGUCGUCGGCCAGCCCGAGGCGGUCAAGGCGGUCGCGAACGCGAUUCGCCUCAGCCGCUCUGGUCUACGCAACGCAAACCGCCCCAUCGCCAGCUUCCUCUUCGCUGGUCCAUCGGGUACCGGUAAGACGCUGAUGAGCAAGACUCUCGCGACCCUCCUUUUCGACUCGCCCGACGCGAUGAUCCGCAUCGAUGGGUCCGAGUACUCAGAGAAGCACUCGAUCGCUCGUCUCAUCGGCGCUCCUCCGGGCUACAUCGGUCACGACCAGGGCGGCCAGCUCACGGAGUACAUUCGCCGGAAGCCGUACUCGAUUGUGCUCAUCGACGAGAUCGAGAAGGCGUCAAGAGAGUUUUACCAGCUCUUCCUCCAAGUGCUCGACGACGGUCGUCUGACGGACGGCCAAGGCCGCAUCGUCGACUUCCGCAACACGGUCAUCAUCAUGACGAGCAACCUGGGCGCGGUCUUCCUCAAUGAGAUGGGCUCGGGUCCGGUCAAGACCUCGACGCGCGAGCUCGUCAUGGGCGCGAUCCGCAACCACUUCCCGCCCGAGUUCAUCAACCGUGUCGACGAGAUUGUCAUCUACCGCACACUCUCCCGCCAGAACGUCCUGAAGAUCGUCGACGUCCGGCUGAAGGAGGUCCAGGAACGCCUCGCGGACCGGAAGAUCAGGCUCGAGCUCGACGAGGCGGCGAAGAACUACCUGAUGUCGGUCGGAUACACGCCCGCGUACGGCGCGCGGCCGCUCAACCGCGCAAUCCAGCAGGAGCUCCUCAACCCGCUCUCAGUCAUGAUUCUUUCUGAGCGUGUCCGGGACGGUGAGGUCGUCCGCGUCCACUUCGAUGGCCCGCACAACCGGCUCCAAAUCCUACCCAACCACGAGGGUACUGGCGAGAGCAUGGACGUCGACUGGGACGCCGAUGACGACAUCGACAUCGAGGAGAUGGACUGA